AUGCAGAUAAAGCCAAGAAAGGGGGCAGAGGGUCAAAGAAAGCUACCAAGAAAGACACUGCGAAAGAAGGAACUUCAGAGGAUACGAAACCUCCCUCUAAAAAGUGAAAGGCUCCUGCUACUUCUACUGUUGCACCAAAGCGAAGGAAGCAACCCGCUAGAAGGCGAAAGUCUCCCACUCCUACUCCAUCUCAGAGUGAAGGAAAAAUUUUUGAUUGCGAUACUGAGUCGGAGAUUCGCAUUGAGGAGGAUCCCCAUGUUCGUAAUACAGAAGAUGAGCCCGUUCGCACUGAAGAACCAGAACCUGUUCACAUUAAGGAAAGAGAACAGAUUCACAACGAACCACCUGUUCGCACUGAGGCCGCAUCUCCGACUCGUGAGGUAA